AUGAGACUUCAACAGCAAGCAGUGGGCUUGAUGGCCCUCUUGGCUGCGUCUGUGCAAGCAAGACUACUGGGAUCGUCCUUUGGUAUCCCUGGCGCCGACGCAACAUAUGACUAUGUCGUUGUGGGCGGCGGGACUGCCGGCCUUACGAUAGCGAGUAGACUUGUCGAGCAGAACGCUGGUAGUGUUGCUGUGGUCGAGGCAGGCAGUUUCUACCACCUUACCAACGGCAACCUGAGCCAGAUACCCGGUUUCGCCACUGCAUUUGUGGGCAAGGAUGCUUCCGACUGGCAGCCUGGAGCGGAUUGGGGCUACCAAACAACGCCGCAAGCGGGGGCCUUUAAUCAGUCUCUCCAUUAUCCCCAUGGCAGGAUGUUGGGCGGAAGCUCGGCCAGAAAUUUCAUGGUGUAUCACCGCAGCACAGCUGGGGCCUAUCAGAAAUGGGCAGACCAGGUUGGAGACCAGAGCUAUGCCUGGGACAACUGGCGUCCCUACUUUGAGAAGAGCCUCAACUUUACACCCCCGAGGAACGACCUGCGCGCCGCCAAUGCAACACCUCAGUACAGUCACUCAGCCCUCGGCCACGGCGACGGGCCACUGUCUUUGGGUUUCCCAAACUGGGCAUAUGCCUUCCCGACCUGGGCCACUAAGGCCUUCAGCCAGAUGGGCAUCCGCCUCCGCAAGGAAGGAUUCCAGAACGGUGGACUACUGGGCCAGGCGUACGCGAUGUUUACCAUUGAUGCGGGGUCCAUGCUGCGGUCCUCUUCCGAGACAUCUUUCCUUCAGAGCUCGCUCGGUAAUACCAAGUACUACCUAUACCCUCUGACCAACGCUAAAAAGAUAAUAUUCGAUGGAAACAAAACGGCCACAGGGGUCCAGGUUGAGUCGCUCGGAGCAAACUUCACCCUCCGCGCUCGCAAGGAGAUCAUUGUGUCCGCCGGUGUUAUUGGCUCCCCACAGCUGCUACAAGUCUCUGGCGUCGGUCCCUCCAAGAUCCUUCAGUCUCUUGAUAUUCCUGUCGUUGUCGAUGCUCCGGGCGUAGGGCAAGGCAUGCAGGACCAUAUCGUAUUCGGGAUUUCUCAAGGCAUCAACGCCAUCACUGCCUCAUCAAUGGGGAAUCCGUCCUUCGCCGCGCAGCAAGUCGACCUCUACCACGGCUUCCCUGCACAAGGUCUGCUCACCAGCCCAGCGGCUGAUCUUCUCGGCUGGGAAAAGAUUCCCAGGAGCGCAAGGAGCAGCUGGCACAACAGCUCCAUCGCCGCCCUCGCCGCCUACCCCGCAGAUUGGCCCGAGGUCGAGUACAUGGCCUUCAGCGGCUAUAUGGGCAACAUGAGUGUCAUUUCCACAGCCGAUCCACAGGACGGAGUUGCCUAUGCAACGAUGGGUGUGGUUUUGGUGGCACCCCGUUCCCGCGGGUCUGUUACAAUCGUCUCGACGGACACAGCCAUACAUCCGCUCAUCGACCCGGCUUUCCUGACGGCUCAAAGCGAUGUCGACGUCGCUGUGGGGGGUUUCAAGCGCGCUCGUGAGUUCUGGCAACAGAAGUCUCUGACGCCUCUCAAGGUCGGCAAGGAGCGAUUUCCCGGCGCUCAGGUAGUCACUGACGCCGACAUUGAGACGGCGAUCCGGAAAAACUUCCAGACCAUUUUUCACGGAUCCUGUACCUGUGCUAUGGGCAAGAAGGACGACCCCUCGGCUGUGAUUGACACACAAGGCAGGGUGUAUGGCGCUCAGGGACUGCGGGUGGUUGAUGCCUCGGCGUUCCCGCUGCUGCCACCUGGACACCCUCAGUCAACGGUGUAUGCAUUGGCGGAAAAGAUUGCGUGUGAUAUUUCUGGGGCAUGCUGA